AUGUCUCGGGUAAGUCGUUUCACGAAGAAAGCCUGUGUAGACACAGCAUGUCAGCAACCUCAAGUGGGAGGUCAUGCGACUUCAACUUCGCAGAGAGCGGACUGCCCAAUUCCGCCGCCCAGUGGCAGUAGUGCCCCCACAUCCUCGUCUUUACGCCCCUUUCGUCCACCCCGAACCAAACCACUGCCUGCUCCACAGGCUUCCAUGAAUGAUGUUGAAAACUCGGAGCCGGACGCCGAGGCAGAUGAGGUAGAUUCUUUUGACCAACAUGUUGAUAACCUUUUAGCUGCACAGGAUGCUCAGAAGCGCAAGGGACGCAAGACCACAGAAUUUUGGGAUGUUAAGACAAUUGAAUCCGAUGGCACAAUCAAACAGGUCAAACUGAGUGUGAAGGAAGCUAUGAAGCCACCUAACGGAAGAAAGGUUGUACUCAGGUUUAACAGUGCACUGCAACCAGUUGGGGAUGAAGCAGAUUUACUGAGCGGCGUUAUGGGACUGCUAGGAUCUGACUACACCAAAUUCCCAAUCGGCGAGAGGGACUGGAGAAAGGUUCACACCAGGGAGAAGGUCUAUAAUGAAAUAGUAAAGGAAAUGUUCCAUUUUGAAGAAGAUAGUAGAGGAAUUAUAAAGUCUGUAAUAUUCAAGAUGCUGGGAAGGGCUUGGAAGGAAACGAGAAGCAGAUUAUACCAUCACUACUAUGACGCAGAACUUUCACUUGCAGCAAAUAUUGAAAACCGCCCAGAUGGAAUUACUGCGGAACAUUGGAGAAAGUUUCUCGAUUAUCGCAAUAGCGAAGAGACACAGGAGAAGUGUAAGAAAAAUGUCGAGAAUCGAUCAAAGCAGCUUUACACCCACACCGGCGGAUCAAAAAGCUUGGCAAGGCUCGGAGAAGAAGAGUCGGAACGACAAAGGAGGAGAGUUAGUAGAGGAGAGUUGUAUCUCUUAACGCACAAAAGAGAUGAUGGCUCCUAUAUCCAUGAUGCGGCUCGCGCUAUUGGAGAAAGAAUUGAGGCUAUUGAGCAAGGCAAUGAAUCUUCUAGACUGUUAUCCCAGAAUGAUUCGCUUGCUCAAGCUCUCGGAAAAGAGCGCCCGGGUAGGGUGCGUGGCAUGGGGUUGGGACCGACUUCUAGUCAAGUCUUUGGUAUGAAUUCCCAUCAGCCGAGCAAUAGUUUUGAAAGGGAGGAGACCCAAAGGGGGCUGCUUGAACUGCAAGCAGAGUUGGCAGCAGAAAAAUUGAAAAGGAAGGCAGUGGAGGAUGAAGUAGCAGCUGGGAAGGGCAGGAUGCAGGCAAUGGAGAGUGCUUUGAUAUGUCUACUUCAAGGGCAAGGUAGGGAGCUGCCAUCAGACGUCGCCACAUGGAUGAGUGCGUUGGAGGGACAGAUUAGAAAGUAGUUCUUAGGAUUGUGGAACCUUUUCUUCUUUUAGAUAUACACUUUUAUUUUGUUGAUUAUGCAACUCUUAGUAAGGAGUACACUUUGUUGAUAUUCGGAUAAUUAUAUUAAUUAAGUUAAUGGUUUUGCUAUUGUCGUUUACCCUG